AUGGUCACCGAAGGCCUGCCGGCCCCUUGCUCAACAUGCUUUGACGAGGCCGAACUCCAAGACCGACCACCCACGAGCGCCCCUACCUCCGUGCCGAGCUCUGUUGGACAAGCCACCGCAGCCAUCGCAGAUGCGAUGCGCAAGAUGAACAUGCAUGGCCACCGGAACUCUUCUCUCUCCAUGUCGGAACAAGAAGCCCAAAUAUCCCGAGCAGCGCUACUACGCAACGCCUCGUCACCUGCCGCCAAUACCUCCUCUCGCCCCUCUGCGUCAGCCAUCGAGACCCCGCCUGAAAGCCCGCGUAGAGUAUCCGAGCAGCCGGCACCACGUCGCGAAUCCAGCAAUUUUCGGAGAACAUACGACGAUAAUGUGACGAAACGCGCUGGCCCAUGCGAGAAUUGCGCCAUGACGCUACCACAGAGGCAAGGCCUCAAGGAAGAGAAGGACCCUAAAUCUGAACGGGGGCCGACGUUGCGCUCGCGAAUCCCUUGGGCCAAGGUGUAUACGUCGGAGGACACAGGCACAUCACCACCGCCCUCACAAACAUCUUCGGCCAGUGACACUGACGGCGAGGGUCAACCUCGGCGGCACACACGCAGAGCGACAGGCUCAACAACCACGCGAUCAAGCAUGUCCUCGACGAGUCGCAGUCUUCCGAGCCACACCCACUACGUCCACUACACCUCAACCCAUGAGCCCCUCAUUGCCAAUUCCUUCUCAAUCGUCCGCGCCUCUUGCCUUCGGGCCCUCUCCUUUGAGACCCUGCCUCGCACUCCGCAAUCGGGAAGCAGCGCCAACAGCUCAGCUGUGACCUCUGUUCCCACGCCGCAGUCUCCCAAUCCCACCUCACAGCCUUUCGUUACGACCCACAGUGCCGGCGCGGCCGCAUCAGGAGGCCCCAUCUUCUUCGGCGACCCUCUGGCUGGCUACACGAUCGCAUACAUAUUCCGCAUCCCUGACGUCCAUGCUCGUGGUCACAAGCGCGUUUACGCAUUUCUUGCUCUCAGCACUCACCGAGAGCGUCUAAUUAUGAAGAUAUUUGGCUUCAUUGCGGCCGCUUUCCGCGAGAUGGCAGCUUGGAUUCAGAAGCUUGCCGAGGCCGAGGCUGAGAAGGCAUCCGAAGCUAGCCCUGUCAUGGGAGGCGGCGGCUUCUACGGCAACGGCGGCGGCUUUUCCUCAAAAGCUUUACAAGAUCGUGGUGAUGGCUACGGCGGCCCUGACCGCGCCAGUGGCAGCAGCUUCUUGACCGGAGGAAGCGGCUUUACUCGCCGAAUGGGCGGCGGCGGCGGCGCCGUGUCGCUCAAAUCGCGUGGCGUGGCAGAGCUUGUCGGCAUGCCCGACUUCUUUAUCCAAUUACACGAGAAGUUUGUGCGGCUUCUGCUUGAGCUCGGCGUCAAGUUGAGCGCCUGA